UCCCUUGUCAACCUAAUGAAGCAUUCAAAGAAGACAUCUGACUCUUUUCGAGAUGAACUUGAAGAUUAUAUCAAACUGCAGAAAACCAGAGGCUUAGAGCCAAAGACUUGUUUCAGAAAGAAGAGAGAGGAUUAUUUGGAAACCUGUGGAUACAAAGAAGAGGUUAAUUUUAGACCCAGGUGUAGAAUGUUUGAUCAAAGACUCCCUUAUGAACCCAUCCAGACCUACCGAAGACCAUGCAAUAUUUCACAAGCAGUGGAGAAGCGGUUACCUCAGUGGCUACCAGCUCAUGACAGCAGGCUGAGACUAGACUCCCUGAGCUACUGUCAAUUCACCAGGGACUGUUUCUCAGGAAAACCAGUAGCCCUGAACUUUAGUCAACAAGAGUAUAACUGUAGCUCACACAGUGUAGAAUCUGGAGUUUACAGGCACCUCUCCUUAGAAAACAGUACCAGUGCCCAUCAAGCUAGUUAUAAACAGAUACAUCAGAAGAGAAAAAGACACCCAGAGGAAGGCCGGGAAAAACCAGAAGAGGAGCGGCCCAAGCAUAAGAGGAAGAAAGCUUAUGAGGAAAUAGAUUUAGACAAACACAAGAGCAUCCAAAGAAACAAAACAGAGGUGGAAACAGUCAGAGUCGGUACAGAAAAGCUUAAGAACCGAAAGGACAAGAAAAGCCGAGAUGUAGCCUCUAAGAAAGAGGAACGUAAGCGUAGAAAAGAGAAAAAGGAAGAAGGGAAAGAAAGGACAGAAGAGGAUAUGCUUUGGGACCAGGCUAUCCUUGGAUUUUGAAGCUCUUGCAUUGGUUC